GCUUUAAACGCACUUCUUUGGCUGUAAAGCACUUUGCAAAGUUUAGGAGUUGUGGCAGGUGCUACAUGAAAGCAAAUAUUUCUUUGAAAAUUCCCACCCUCGUUUCAACUCAAUCCAUAACCUCUCCCUGUCCGCAACUGAGACAUCAUCAUAUGCAGAAAAUUAACCACUGAUAAGUCCGAAUGCAAAUUUUACAGCGUUGGAAUUUGAGUACUCGGCAAAAAUCAUAAUUUUCAAUGAACGAAACUUUAAGAUAUCCACGUACAAUAAUUUAACGUAUGCACGUCCCUCGAAUAAUUAUGAUGAUUUGACGAGAAUGGAUAUCAUUGAUAUUCCUCUCUUGGCUAAAAUGCCUCAGCAACAAACCCCCAAUUGAUUAAGCUGCUUUAAAUUGCCACCUGUGCACUUUAUUUCUGUUAAUAAAAAUGUUGUUGAAAAUAUACUAAUCAACACAAACUUAAGACAAGAUAAACUGACAUUGACAUUAAUAAUGCUUGCCUAUUAAACCAAAUUAACUUGUUGAAUUUAUUGUUUUAAGUCAUGAGGCUCGUGGAUAUUGUUUUACUGCAUUUUAACUAAAUAAGAACGCAACUCGAUCAAAAGACAUUAUUUUCUGCCGCAUUCUUUUUUUCGGGGGUUAGCUUCCUAAGAAUUGUUUUGAUUUUCUAAAAUUUAUCAUUGCUGUGCCUGUCGUAUCAAUGAAACUAAAAAAAACAUAAAUUCCUCUUUUUCAUUUGUGUACAAAUGUGCUUUCUGCAGCUUUCGAUUUAGACUUUUUCGUUUUGCAAUAACGAUGAUAUUUGCAAUAGAAGAAAUCAACAAGAAUCCAAAUCUGCUUCCAAAUGUUACUUUGGGUUACUGGAUUUAUGAUUCUUGUGGCAUGCCCACUGUGUCACUGAAAGGAGCCUUUGAGUUUUUGAACAGUCUUGAAACGGCAUCUUCAGAAUCUGUCUGUCAACGCUCCCCCGUGAUUCCUGCUAUUGUCGGUGAUUCUGGAUCAUCACAAACAAUGGCAAUCGCGUCUUUAAUCGCCCCUUUUCGCAUCCCUUUGGUUAGUUAUGUCGCUUCAUGUGCAUGCCUGAGCAACAGAUAUGAAUAUCCGUCAUUCUUCAGAACAAUUCCGAGUGAUUAUUUUCAGGUGAGAGCCAUAGCUCAACUCAUAAAACAUUUUGGAUGGACCUGGAUUGGGACAAUCAGAAGUGAUGAUGACUAUGGGAACUUUGGGAUACAAGCUUUUACAGAGGCAGUGCGAGAGUUGGGUAUUUGUAUCGCCUUCUCUGAAUCAUUUCACAUCACAUAUCCAAGGUACAAAUUACUUAAAACUUUAGACAUCAUCAAGCAAUCCUCCACAAAAGUUAUAUUAGCCUUCCUUGCGCAAGCCGAUAUGAGCAUCUUACUGCAGGAAGUUGUAAGGCAGAAUUUAACUGGCAUACAAUGGGUAGGAAGCGAGGCCUGGGUCACCACUACCGUACUGCCUCCUGAAGAAAGUAAACAGUUCCUCGUUGGCACAAUUGGAAUUGCGAUUCGAAAAGUACGUGUGCCGGGACUGAAGGAAUUUUUAAUGCAGUCUCACCCAUCUGCAUAUCCAGGAAACCGUUUAAUUGAAGAGUUUUGGGAAAGAGCGUUCAGCUGCAGUUUGAAGAACGCGGAAAACACAUUUAAUGACUUAAAACCAGAUUCGUGGCCCAAGAAUUGCACCGGGAAGGAAAAUCUGUAUACUACACGUAAUGAUUUUACAGAUGUGUCUGAGUACAGAGUAACUUAUAAUGUGUACAAAUCAACCUAUGCUAUAGCUCACGCUCUACAUGACAUGCUCUCGUGUGAACAUGGCAAAGGACCAUUUAUUAAUAACAGUUGUGCAAAUAUUUCAAACUUUCAACCGUGGCAGGUUCCAAAGGCAAUUUGCUCUGAAAGUUGCAUUCCAGGAACAAGGAAAGCAGCAAGGAUAGGGCAACCCAAAUGUUGCUUCGAUUGUGUACAAUGUUCACAGGGAGAAAUGAGUAACACUACCGAUUCAACGGAAUGUAUCCCAUGUCCAACAGAAUAUAAGUCCAAUCAACAGCGAGACCAGUGUGUACCGAAGGAGAUAGAAUUUUUAUCCUUUUAUGAGAUCAUGGGGAUUAUUCUGGUGGCAUUUGCAUUAUUUGGAUGCUGCAUCACUUUAAUCGUAUUUUUAACAUUUUACACUCACAGGCACACUCCAAUUGUAAAAGCUAACAACUCAGAAUUAAGCUUUCUUCUGAUUGUUACAUUACUGCUUUGUUUUCUAUGUUCCAUUACAUUUAUUGGUGAACCCUCAGCCUGGUCUUGCAUGUUACGUCACACAGCAUUUGGAAUUGCAUUUGUUCUUUGUGUGUCUUGCAUUUUGUGUAAAACACUUAUUGUUGUCCUGGCAUUUAAAGCGACCCUUCCCAACAACAACCUCAUGAAGUGGUUUGGACCAAUGCAGCAGCGACUGACUAUUUUCAUUCUGACUUUGUUGCAAUGCUUAAUAUGCACAAUCUGGCUCGCCACCUCACCGCCUUAUCCUUUGAAAAACAGCAAUUAUUUUAAUGAGGUCAUUGUUUUUGAAUGCAAUGUAGGAUCUUCAGUCGCCUUUUAUUGUGUGCUGGGUUAUAUUGGAUUUCUGUCUUGUGUGUGCUUUGUAGCCGCCUUUCUAGCUCGACAUCUACCUGACAAUUUCAAUGAAGCUAAACACAUCACUUUCAGCAUGUUGAUCUUCUGUGCUGUUUGGAUCACGUUCAUUCCAGCUUAUAUAAGUUCUCCUGGGAAGUACACAGUAGCUGUAGAAGUGUUUGCUAUUUUAGCAUCGACCUUCGCCUUGCUGGUCUGUAUUUUCGCUCCUAAAUGUUAUAUUAUUCUGUUGGAAAGAGAAAAGAACACCAGAAAACAUUUAAUGGGCAAAGCAUCUUCUAAAAGGCUUUGA